AUGCCACAUCAGGCCUGCAUCUCUUUUCUUGCUUGCGAUGUGAAACGUACAGGGCUGUUCACUGUCCUCUUCGGCGGCACCGUCGUCUUUGAGAUUAAAGUCUGGGCAGUUGUGCUGAGCUCUGGAUGGCCACGCAGGCAGGUCAGUGAACGUAUGCUGCAGAACUUGGUAAAUAUUGCACGGAUUCUCGAAUCUCGCUUUGUAGAAUGGGCCCAGAUGUUGAACGGCAAUACUGGUGCUAGAGCCGUCACCCACACGAUUAACUUUGUCACGGACGUAGACGGGGUCAGGGUGGGUCAUGUCUACAUGCGCUUCGAUGGGACGCUCGUCACUGCCGAUCGCGGCUUUCCCUAG